GGACACGUUUGGCAAUCAUAUGGAGAGAACAAAGACAAAGAGGGAGCAGAAUUCCAGUGUCUUUUCCAUGGAUGCGGUCGUGUGAAAAAAGGGGCCGCGCCGUUUCCAAGCUUUCAGCGACUCGUGCGGCACUGCAAAGAGAUUCAUGUCUCGAAACAAACGCCUAAAUCCAUUGCUCCGGAGAACAGAAAUAAAAAUUGUGUCCAAAGUCGCAAAACAGUGGCACCGGUGGCCUCUGCUGUAUUGACUGCCAGCAUAUCGACAGUACAACAAUCUGCACCACAACUCACGAUAAUUGAUUUGAUAAAA